CUAUGUGCUAUUGUGUCAUCGGCGUGGAUGAAUGAUGACGAUGAUGAUGUGUGUAUAUAUGUGUGUGUGUGUGUGUGUGUGUGACAAGAGGGGUGUGUGUGAACAGGGUGGUUGCGGGUGUAGGAGGGGGAAUAAAUGCUAAUUUUCUUAAUAUAUAUUCUUUUCUGGCUUAUCGCGAACGCUUGGGUUCAGGCGCAUUCGACAUGGAUGCUCGUCGCUUGUUGCUAUGCGACUGCUGUGUCUGUUGUUGUUGUUGUUGCUGUGUUACUGGUUCGACCUGCUCGUCGUCAACGUCUGGGAUCUCGGGCAUGAGGAGAG